AUGGCAACACCCUCCGCGGAGUGCUUGGGACGAAGCAUCGAUUCGCCUUUCGAUGAGGAUGCAGAAGUGAUUGAUCUGAAAGUAGACCCGGUGCGCUCGAACAACACUGCAAUUUCGGGUUCGAGCCUGGCAGGUGCGAUCGUGAAGACAUUGCAAACUAUGCAGGCCAUUCGCCCCAAUGUCAUUCGCGCAGCGAGGGCGCACACGAUGCUUCGUCGCUUCGGCAGGGCCUUUCGAGGAAAUGCAGAGGGCUUGCACGAGGUCAGUUUCGCAGCGGAGAAAAUCGACGAGUUCUGGUCCCACAGCUGGCAGACGUCCGCUUGGAUGAAGGUCGCCACCCUCUGGUUUGUGAACAACGGCUAUGCGGCAGCCGUGAUCGGAAUGAUCUGUGCGGUUGUGGCUUGCCUUCUGUGCCUGCUAGAGGUGCUGCCGCUGCAGCUGGCAGCAGGUGUUCGUUAUCCCUGGUGUGCUCUCUUCGGGACACUUGGCUACUGCCCAACUCUCCUUUUUUGGCGGCGAAGGAGUAAGGUCUUUGUGGACGUGGUGUGCAUCGACCAAGCCGACGAGGAGUUUAAGGCCUUGGCUUUGGUCAGCAUUCCCGCCAUCCUGCAGCGAUCGGAGGCGAUGCUUGUCGUGUGGGAUGCAACGUGGGCCAGCCGAUUGUGGUGCGUUUUUGAGCUUGCGGCCUUUCUGCACAGCCGCGGCCCCAACCAGAAAGUGAAGCUGCUGAUACGGCCCAUUAUAUUGGGACCUUGCCUUUUAGCAGUUGCUGCUGGCCUUUUGGUUGCCACGUUGGCCUUUUCCAUACACUUUACCGAUGACCACGCCGAAAACUGGCAGAGCACGCUUGGAAUUGUCCUGAUUGUGGCGUCUUUCUGCUUGGUGAUCUCUACUCACCUCCUCCGAGUUUUCUGUCGGAGUAUCGACAGUCUCCAAAAGCAGCUGGAGAAUUUCCGCGUAGAGAACACUCGCUGCACCUGCUGCGACUGCAACCACAUUCAGCGUGGCACAGGACAGCCGAUGAUGUGUGACAGAAAAGUGCUGUCUGAAGUCAUUAUUAGCUGGUUCGGCAGCAUCGAAAAGUUUGAAGAGGAAGUCCGCGGGCGAGUAAGAACGACGCUCUUACGACAGAUUUUCAACGUGCGAUUUGUGUACUUUCAGCUCUGUGCCGUCGCCAGUUGUGUUCUGUGGUAUUACAUGGACCGGGCUGUCUGGGACGUCGCCUAUGGACACUUCGGCGUCACCGAGGGGCUGUUGGCAGGAUUGCGGUCCUUGGUAUGGUGGCUGGCUCUUGAACCAACUGUUUUCAUUCUUGGCGUCGGGCUAUGCUGGCUGUUCCGCCACCGAUGUAGCAAGUAUCUCGCGCUCGAUGUCUACGUCACGGCCAACCUCAUGAGUCUUCCCUCGAUUGUUCUCAUCGGCUUGGUGCUGCUUGAGGUUCUGCUGGAACCCGGGACAUCAAUCCAAGGCGGAAUGGUGUUUGCAGCCGUUAUGGCUUGCGUCGUGGUUGGUUCGUGGUAUUUUGUGUGCAGAUGCUUUCCGCGCUGA